AUGCUCAUCAGCAGCCGGUCGUUGAACGGCGGCCGAGGCCGCGUUCUGCUGCGGCUGGCCUUUGCGUUGCUCCUGCAGCUGCACGCUUGCGCUGCCGGCUUGCAGCAGAACGCCGCGCCGACGACCGCAACCACCGAGGAUGUGGCCGCGACCACAGCGGUGGUGCACAAGUGUUGCGGCCGCGACGAGAUCGUCGUCGUCAACAAGUGCCGGAGUGCCAACGAAACCGGCUCCACGCCGUGGAUUCCCGAGUUCAACGCCAGCCACGAAGACGACCCCGCCGCCGGACUUUUGUCUCUGCCGACAUCGUCCGUCAGUUAUAAGUGA